GUUUCUUAGUAACAGCACUGAAGUCAGGAGCCGGAAAGAAUGGAAUGGAAGGAGAUCAGUGACAUUCUACAAAGGUGCGGCAUUAAAAGAAAUAUCGAUGUCAGUCAACUUUACCUGGCCAAGAAGGGAAUCGUCUCUAUCCCUGAUUUGUCAAGAUUUCCAAUGCUGAGACGCUUAUGGGUGAACAACAAUAAGAUAAAGCAUAUUUCCUGCCUGGCCGUCAGUUGCUGCCUGACUGAACUUUACCUGCAGAACAAUGCACUUACCUCUAUCUCAGGAGCCUUAGGUCACCUGACCUGCCUGAAGAUUCUAUCAUUGCACAACAAUGAGCUGAGGAGGCUAGAGGAGUCAGUAAGAGAGCUGAAGAGAAUGCAGUGCCUCCAUACUGUCAAGCCUCAAUAUCACCACUAUGUGGUCCAUCAUUUGCCAUCGGUUAAAAUGCUGGAUAGAAAAGAGGUGAAGCAGGAGGAGAGGACUGCAGCGUUUCAGCAGUACUGCCCAGAGAGACACCGUGUCCGACAGUCUCUGGCCUUUGGGCGGCGGGCAGAAGCUGCUCCGCUGACCGGAACUUCUUUCCAAAUGGAAAGAGCCGGAGCAUCAGGUGGAGACACAGUCAUACAUGGAUAAUAUGCAGCCGGCAAGAACAUCAGCCAAAAACAAACCACAACCUUUUUGCGUAUAAAAAAUUGUCAUCAACGUAAGUUUUUAAGUUUUGCAUGAAGUCUGGUGCAAGGGAUUCUUUAUUAGCAUGUAUGCCAUUGUUAUAGUUUUUCCCUUCAUGAUGCAGAUUAAAAUGGCUUGUAAAUAGAUUACAGGCUCUGUUCACCAGCAGGGACCUGCAUUAGCAUCCUUCUACAAGGUACUCAACCUCAACUGCUUCAGCCUUCUGUGUUAUCCUCCAGUAUAAACUAUGAGAAAAAACGUCGUCCAUGGUGUAUGGACGAGGGCAUGAAGGGUGGUUUCUGCUAGGUGAAUGAAUCACUGCCAGAGGCAAUAACACACAGAUAACCAGGAGAAGAAGCACAUAAUUCACUACAUAUGUAGCACAUGUGGCUUGUGCAUUAUACUGUCUGCUUGAACCCAAUCCAGCCCUCCUGAAAACAGAAAAGGAAUUACA